AUGCUUCUCGACGAAGACCCCGCGACUCUUAUUCGUCAUACGAUUGGCAAUUUUAAUAUUGUUCCCGACAAGUCCGCGGUUGCGCGCAUCAAUGAAUCUCUAUCAACAUUACAACAAGCUCGAGAUCUCCGUGUGAGGGAAGCAGAGAGCGCAUUGAAAAAACUAUCGAGAAACCUAAACACCCUCAACAACAACCACCUAGAGACACUCUCCACCCACUCCCCAACUGCACAUGCUUCCGAAAUAGCAACUCUCGACACACAAAAGUUCCGCAUCGCGAAGACAGCGAGUGACUUAGAGAUAGAAUCCGAACGUCUCUCUUCGCAACUUGCAGAUCUCCAAGCUCGAUUGCAAGAAUUAGAGCAACAGGGAAUGGAAGGAGGGGAGAAUGUUAAGAGAGGACAGGUGGACGAUGAGAUUAGUCUCAAAUUGAAGGUCUAUAGAGGGCUGGGGAUUGAUAUUGAGAGGGAUAGAGAGAGUGGAGAAUACUCCAAGGCUAUUAUUCGAAAUGGGAAAAAAGCAGAUGUGCAUGUGGUGAAUAUGGAUAACAAGUUCUCGAAUUUUUUCUACGCGAAUUACUUUUGGCAGACUUUGUAG